CCGGGAAGCCCGGUGUAAUGAACACACUCCGUACACGCCGCUAGAGCUGCAACACAUGAGCCGCUGUCCGCCGUCCUCCACACCCCUCCGUCCACCCCUCCGGACUGGUGCUCUGAUGGUAUCUCCCAGAGAGGCUGGACCAGCAGGCGGCAGGAGAGCGAAGUAAGAGGCUGCUGUGAGCGGGGCUGGAUGUGGAGGAGCCGCUGCUGGGAGACCAGUGCCAGGAAUUCCUAGUAAACAAGAGGGAAGUGCAGGUUUCUUGGAAGUAAACACCAGUGAGAAGUCUACCGUCACCUGGGGGAGCCAAGAAGUCUUGGCGUUUAGGAACUGGCAUCGACACGCACAAGCCCUUCCCUUCUAACCUCCGCUCUUCCUUUUCAUCCUGCCUGUUGCAGCCGGAUUUGCAAUUUGGAGAAUAAAAGGAGAAGAACAAGACCGUAAGACAAAGCCCCCCUUUACAAGGGGCAUCCUGGGUUUAAAGGCUAGCAGUUUGGCUGCCAGGGGACAUGCUUUUCUCUGAUAUUCCCUGUCUCCCGGGACUCCGGAGAAGGUCUCUUGGAUUAGGUGGACAAAGUAGGAAAGGUUCGCUGCUGUUGGUGCUGACCCUUGUGCAUGGCUUGGGUGGUGUGUGGUCCCAGGCUGAACAACAGUGUCCAGCUUCCUGCGAGUGCUCGGAGGCAGCCCGGACUGUCAAAUGCAUUAACAAGAACCUCAACAAGGUGCCUACAAACCUGCCUUCCUAUGUCACCAACCUGUUUAUCACUCGUAACAAUAUCGAGAGCCUGCAGGAAGGGACAUUUAACCAGACUCUGUCAGACUUGACCAGUCUCAGCCUCAGCACCAACCACCUCCAGGAACUAGGGAGCCAUGUCUUCAAGAAUCUCCCCAGUCUGAGGCAACUGGAUCUUAGCAACAACGAGCUGGAGAACGUAAGCCCUCUACUUUUUCAGGUGGCUCCAAGUCUCUCCAGCCCACUUCUAGAGUUGAACCUGCGCAGCUCUUUGUACAAUUUGUCUAUGAUCACCUUAAUGGCAGAUGCCCUGCAAAACGGCGGGCUAAGGAACCUCCAGAAGUUGGAUUUGAGCGGAAACAACCUACUGUAUGUACCCGACGGCAUAUUCGGUUCAAUGCCAAAUCUAAAACACCUUGACUUGAGUAACAAUUCCUUGCUCUCCUUCCAAGACGGGGUCUUUGCCAAUCUCAGUCACCUUCAGACUUUAGAUUUGAGGCAAAAUUCUCUGAAGUAUCUGAAGAACACAACGCUUCUUGAAUUCCCCAGUCAUACAGGCCUAUCGGUUUUCCUCAGCGAUAACAGCUGGGUCUGCGAUUGCAAUAUUGAACCUUUUUAUAGGUGGCUGAAGGAGACCACAGUAGUAAAGAACUCAUCUGGGUUAGUUUGUUCCUCUCCGGAGAACAUGAGGGACACGCAAGUGAUCGCUCUCAAUAUUCCAGAGCUUGAUUGUCCACCCUAUAUUACUGACAACAGCUUACAAACAUCCUAUGUGUUCCUGGGCAUAGUGCUAGCCCUGAUAGGAGUCAUCUUUCUGCUGGUUUUAUAUUUGAACAGAAAAGGUAUUAAAAAGUGGAUAUUCAACAUUAGAGAUGCAUGUAGGGAUCACAUGGAGGGAUAUCACUACAGGUAUGAAAUCAACGCCGAUCCCAGGCUAACAAACUUAAGCUCAAACUCUGAUGUAUAACGUUUUUUUUUUUGUUCUUUUUUUUAUCAAAUGAAAGCAACACUUAAACUAUGCAUGAACUUAAUGUACAGAUAAUGCAUCUAUCCCUGAGCUUGUUCUCCUUCUCACUCCCUGCUGGAGAAAAAAAGAACACAAACAAUGACUCCAUGCAGGGCUUUUGAAUGCCUCCAUCUGACUGUGAAGUUUUACUGCUGCAUUAUAAUUUACUCUGUACUUCAGACUUUGAAAUUCGCAUGCUAAACAUCCAUACGUAAAGACUAGUUCCUUUGCUGUUCUUGUUGCAGGAACACCAUUCAUGCAAAUGGAUUAAAAAAAAAAAAAAAAAUAGCACA